UACGUCUGCCAUUCGAGUCGUGUGUUUCAGUAGUCGUAAAGAGAGGCUGUGGGUCAUUAUUUUUUUAGAGGCGACUUCUUGGUGAUAUAAUAUUAAGUGAAGAAAUACGAAGUGCUGGUCGAAAAUAUAUUGAAAAAAGGGCGUGUAUCUUUAGGGGAAGAGGGCAAAGAGUAAGGAAGAGAAGAAGGAAGAGAGAAGAAGGGAGAUAUUUUUUUUUUAUUAGUGGAAAGAAGACAGAGAAAGAAGGAUUUCCAAGACACGUUCAUAGAGAGAAAAAAAAAAAAAGAUGGCCUUUUCUAUAGGAUUGCGAGGCGGAGGAACCCUGUCUGCCGCCGCCCUCCUUCUCUUCUGCGCCGUCGUGUGGAGUCCCCAGGGCGCCGUAGCUGUCAACUACCGCACGUGCUACAACUUCACGUGGGCGGGCGACGACAACCGAACGAGCUGCGAGGAACGUGACCCGCCCUGCAUCCUGCCUCUUGUUUUCACCGUUCCCAGCACGCGACCACCCGACAUGCAGGCACUGGAGGAAUAUUGCAAAGAGAACGAGUGUGCCAUCAGAUGCAAGAAGGAGGCAAGUUGCAUUCGCUGGAACUGGUAUGAUGUUAAUGACCGCCUGACCAACUUCUCCCUCUUCUGUGGCACCGUGGCUGACAACACCAACGUGGAUUCGACGGGGGCCAAGGCAGUGACCAAUGGCUGUUGGAAGGAAAGGGUUGGCAUCAACAUGAAGGAGAUGUGUGUGUGCGACGAUCGGAACCUUUGCAACCACGCCCAGGGACUCUCUAGCCCCGCCCACUCGCUCGUGCUCUUCUCCGUGGGCAUUGCUGUCGUCCAGAUGUUUAUGGGCGGGUUGUGGGGGCACGGAAUAGGAGGGUGAAACGGGGAGGAGAAGAAUGAAGGGGAAGUGGAAGGAAGGAGAAGGAUUUGCGGCUGAAUGAGAGAGAGAGAGAGAGAGAGAGAGAGAGAGAGAGAGAGAGAGAGAGAGAGAGAGAGAGAGAGAGAGAGAGAGAGAGAGAGAGAGAGAGAGAGAGAGAGUUUACGGAGAACAGCAUUGUGAAGUGGAUUCAAUUUAAGCACCAAACAUUAUUUUCAAUUUUUAUUUUACCUAAAUUUUGAAAAUAAUGAAGAAAUAUUAAUGUAAAUAUAGGUGCAUUUUUGGCGAGAAAUCUUCACGUUUUACAUUACAAGAUUGUUUUCUAUAUACUUAGCUUUUUAAUUACCUAAUAUAUAAUUAUUUCCGUUGGCUUUCUAAUCGGAGUACGAGAAAGCAACUUAACAAGGGAAAUCUUGAUGAAUGUUGCUCGCCAAAAUAUACCUCAAGACCAUAUAAGAAGUCGUAGAGGCAAAAUGUUUCUUACAAGUCCUUUAACAUUUAGAUUAGGAACUGUAAUUAAGUAUUGUCAUUGUGAUAUUCCCUUGUUUUUAAUUUUACCUAUCUCCUUGUAUCUCCUUUUUAAAAAUGAUUACUGUGAUAAGUAUUAUGAUUUUUUUUUUAGGCAGGGGUGUCAAGAAUACUGUCCGACAUAUUUUGGCCCCACGGUCGCUUUCCUGCUUCCGCCAUAUCCUUCGAUUUGCACGAAUUAAGUGGCCUUUUAUCUUUCAAAAAUAUGACUUAUACCAACCGAUUCUUUUAAAUAUGCACCUUUUCACUGUGCCAUAUUCCUCCCCUUUAAGGUGACUGAGACAUGAUCAUGGUAGUGUUAUCUGACCCGUUAACUGCGUACUCACGUUGCAUCAGGCAGGCACUAGUGUAUGUGAUUCUGACACCCCUGGUCUUAUAUUUCUGUCUGUCUGUAUCCCACAAAUAUGAUUUUCUAAUAUGUGAUUUUUAAUAUAUAUCUAUUAUCUAAGAGUAUUACAGUCUGUCAUUCAAUAUCCUGAAUAAAGUUACCUCUUCGA